AUGGCCACCGGACCGGCCUUGGUCGAGUCGCUGCUGGAUGCCCCUUUCCGCCUCUUCUGGAGCCCAAUGGGCAAAGAGGCCACCGGUGGUUUUCCCUCCCGACCUUCCCCCAGCGCCGGAGGGGUCGCCAGCUGCCAUUUUCUGGCCCAGUUGCGGGAGUCCGCCGAGUCGACGGAGGCCAGGCCUUGUGCGCCAUUUUCAUCAUCUUGGAGGUCCUGCUCGACCGCGCCCCGCCGGCCGCUGGCUCGCCGGGCCGGGCCGCUCGACUGUGGGAUGCAGCAGCGACUGAAAGCCAAAGAGACAGAAAUCAAGAAGAUUAUGUGCGUCGAGAAGAUCGAAAAAUUAGACUAA